AUGAAGAUUCAGUGUAACGUGUGCGAGACGGCGGAAGCGGCGGUGCUAUGUUGCGCAGAUGAAGCUGCGUUAUGUCUAGCAUGCGAUGAGAAAAUUCACGCCGCUAACAAACUCGCCGGAAAACACCAGAGAGUCCCUCUCUCUGUCUCUUCCUCUUCCAUACCCAAAUGCGACAUUUGUCAGGAAGCUACUGGAUUCUUCUUUUGUCUGCAAGAUAGAGCUUUGCUAUGUAGGAAAUGUGAUGUAGCAAUCCACACUGUGAAUCCUCAUGUUUCAGCUCACCAGAGGUUUCUUCUCACUGGGAUCAGAGUUGGUCUUGAAUCUACUACGGAGACAGGUCCUUCUACACCAUCCAAUGAUGAUGAUAAAACCAAGGCGACAAAACCAUUUAACUUGCCUGCAUCUGAGCCUCAGAAGAUGGACUUUGAUAAUCAUCAUCAGAUGGGUUUACCUGAAACCAAAGUCAGUGAUCACAUUACUACAAAGCUUCCUUUGGCAAGCAGUGGAUCAGCUCAUGGAAGCAUUCCUCAGUGGCAAAUAGAUGAGAUUUUCGGAUUAACCGACUUUGAUCAGAGCUAUGAAUACAUGGAGAACAAUGGAUCAUCUAAGGCGGAUACUAGUAGAACAGGAGAUUCAGACAGUUCUUCGAUGAUGCGGUCGGGGGAAGAAGAUGGAGAAGAUAAUAGUAACUGUGUGGGAGGUGAGACAACAUGGGCGGUUCCACAGAUUCAUUCACCACCAACAGCUUCUGGUCUACACUGGCCUAUACAUUUUAACCAUCAAUCAGUGUUUGUUCCGGACAUAUCCUCUGCAACUCAUAACACCGGUUCAUCCCCUAAGCAGAGUUGUGAGAAACGGCAGCGGUGGAGACGGUUCUAACAACUGCAGCUCUGAAGUAAUGGUUCAAUCUAGUCUUCCCUUACAUCACAAUCAAUGCUUAUGAUUAUCUCUCUAGAGGCUUUUACAUUAAAACUAGUCACCAGAAACAUUUCUUUAUGUAACGCAAAAAACAUUAUACAGAAGCACUUGUCAGAAAGAAAAAAGAGACAAGAAGGAAUGUGUUCAAAAGACUCACCACUCCUCUUCUUGUCAUCCAACUCUUGUUAUGUUAUUGCUUAAAGUUUCAGAAA